AUGGGGAGUGAAAAAAAUCGAUACAAAUCAAAAUAUCAAUCAAAUAAAUCAGAAAUACAGCGACAAAAAAAUAUGCCGAAGGAGUCCCAAUUCACUCGUCAUAUGAACGAAACAACAAAAAUUAAACAAAAGUUUUUGACUAAUAACCUGCAAAGUAUUAUGGGUGGUGAUAUCUACUUAGAUCCUAAAGAAGAAUUUUUCUUAUCUACGUUAAAUAAUUAUCAUAAUAAUUAUCCUUCAGGGUCGCUUACUUUGUUCCAUAAUAACACUUCAGAUACUAGGCCACAUAUUUCUCGUCCAAAAACGCAUCCUUCGAUUGCUAACAACAAACCAAGUGUUAGACUUGAAGUUUGUCCUUCAUCCGAGUAUCAACCGUUUGUACUUCCGCAUCCACAGGAUAAUAGUACGCCAAAUUAUGCACAGGAUACUUCCAGAAUUAAAUCCGAAGGUUGUAAUUCAGGAAGCGGAUCCGAUUAUAAUUCAAAAAAUGGAUCCAGUAUUUGUCAUUCAGGAAAUAGGUCUGACAUUGGUAAUUCAGGGAAUGGAUCUGACAUUGGUAAUUCAGUAAAUGGAUCAGACAAUUGUGAUUCAAGAAAUGGACCCAAUAGUUGUAUUUCAGAAAAUGAACCUUAUAUUGGUAAUUUAGGAGAUGAACUCGUAAACUAUAAUGAAUUUAACCGUUGCAAUUUGAGGGAUGGAUCCGACUAUUAUGACUCAGGAAAUCGAUCAGACAGUCAUAAUUUAGAUAUUAUUAACUUAUUGUCUGAACAAAAUGUUUAUAAUUCAAGACUUGGAUUUGAAGAUCAUGAUUCGGGAAAUGAUUUCAUAGGUUAUGGUUCAAGAUUUUUAG